AUGAGACAUCUUAGUGCCGUUAUCAUUCCUGACACUCCCGCUGAAAGCUUCGCCUGUCAGAACACCGCAGUCUACCGGAAAUCGAGAGAUCCAGCAUAUCUAGGAUCCCCAUCACAACCCCAACCAGUACUCCAUAACAUACCAAAGCCCUUGACAGACUUGCUACGGAGGCGAAUGAAGAACACAAGAAAGAAUACUUCUUCCAGGUAUGAGCCGCUCCUUGAAUCCCUGAAUAACCUCUUUAACCUGAGACAGAUCUUAGGCACCUUCAACGAGAUGGAUAAUAGCUUUGGAGAGCAGCAGCCUGAGGCUUUCUGGUAUAACUCUAACAACGACGAUCCUUCCAAUACAAUGAACAUCAACGACGAGAACAAUCGUCACAUUUCACCUCCGCAAGGCCAAGUUCCUACCGCGGCCGCAGAUGUAACGUCGUUCGACAUGGAAGAUGAUUUUGAUUACAGUCAAUGGAUGAACUUUGAUGACUACGACAAUGUCGAUACAGGAGGUGUUCCUCUGGCGGGGCAUAGCAGUCCUAGGCAAGAUCUUGCUGAUCACGGCAUGAUUGAUCUAGACGGCAUGAGCUUCACUGGCAUGGACCCAGUCUUGGAGACAGGGGCCAGAUCUACCUCCCAGAAUACACCCGGCGAUAUCGGAUACAUCGACUAUGACAGAGAGCAGCCUGGGAUAGACGAGUUCCAACUUCCAGAUUAUAACAUCCAGAGUGCUCCAAGCAGCUCUACUCUACCACCUGCUGUCCCUGAUGUCAAUAAGAGCCUUGAAACUGCCGAUCAGACAGUCCCUCAGCCGAAUAGCACACAGAACGUACGGAACAAAGCUACAGCUGGCGGACAGAAAUCUCUAAAACCGAUGUCCAAGGAGGCGAUGUUGUCUCUCUUGGAAUCUGACGAAGCAGCCAAGCGUACUGCAGAGCGUCGUCGUAUAGCUGCCUUGAAUGUUCAGAAUCCCGCACCUCUCCCACAUGGUCGAGGCAACACGACGGCUCAGAGCCAAUCCCACACUGCCUUCGGAAUACCAAAUCCUGCUCUUCAGAGACCCUUCGCAGGACAUGAGAGCCUUGGUGGCAUGCCAUUACAGACUGAACAGCAAUAUAUGCCGUUCCCCAGCAACAGACAGACAUUCCAAGGACCAAAUCAGCCAGCUCACACAGUCGUUGGCACGCAGAGAAUGCCUACUGCUAACUUUGGUCAACAAGCAACAGCAAACCUACAGCUGCUCCCUGAAAACAUUCUUCAGAUACAACAAGCGAUGGGUGCAAUCCCAACUCCGGACAUGCCACCACGCCAUAACAUCGCAGAAGAAUGGAUGCAGUUCACUGUGCGUAGAAACCACGAGAUUGAGAUAGGCAACGUCCUCAUAAGGCAAAUCAAAUGCCUCCACCGGAUUCAGAGCAGAAGACCAAACGAGUCUUCAUAUGCCGAGAUCGAGAGCCUGCUGAGCGGUGCCCCUGGCCCCGAUGGCAGACCCCAAGAUAUCCUCAGAGAAGAGCAGCAAGACUUCAGCUUCUUCGACAAAUACGACAGCGUAUCGACGCAGAUCACGAACCUACUCGAGAAACUGGAGUCCGCACACCCGCUCAACGCCCAUGAGACAGAGCAAUGGAUAAACGUCUACAAGCACUACCAUGACCGCCUCAGCAUGUUUUUGAACGCCAUCAGACUGAACCACAAGCGCAGGCUGCUCCUGCAACACGUCCGCGCUGACACAAGGGCGCGUUUGGGCAAUCUCCUCGCAGCACGUGGCCAGGCGCAGCAGCAGCAGCAGCAGAUGCAGCCAUUCCCCUUCCCAGACCCCACCAGCUUUGGGUACCUGCCCGGGAACAACCAAGAUCUGCCCUCGCAGCGCUUCCCAAACCCGGCCUCCCAGAUGGGCCCGACGCAGGUCUCCCCUCCCGCGCGCUCCGGCGCUCCUGCUCCGUUUCCGAGCCGUGGUAGCCACCGCCGUCGGUCAAGCACCGGCGUGCCGACUGAGCGCUCCGUUCGGAGCCGUUUGUUUGGCUUGGAGCCGGGGGAGCGGGUGCAGAGGGGUCGUGGUAUUGUGCCUCCGGUGGAGGAGCAGCUCCGCAACCAUCGUGCGCGUGUAGCGAGAUGGAGAAGGUCGAGGGGUGGGAGUACAGCGGAGGAGUAA